AUGAAAAAGCACUUUGCUUCGCCUCUUCAUCACGAAUACAAUUUUCAUGUUGAGGAAUCGCUCGGAGAGGAUGAAACAACCAUUAGAUUGGCUCGGGAGGGUGGCGAUGAGCUGUCGUUUUAUUUGGAGGAAAAUAUUUUGGGAGUGCUGAUUCCUGCUUUUCAAUCCUUAUUAAAGGAGUAUUCAACAGUUGAUCCGAAAUCGGAAGAGGAACAAGAAUAUGAAAAAUUAAAGAGUACUAUCUACUCAAAGAUCGAUCCGAUUAAUUGGAUUGCCAUGUAUCUUAUUAGAAAUAAUCCAAAACAUUCGAAAAAUUUGGAAAAUAAUCCAUACA